AUGCAAAAAAUAAGGAAACAUGAUACAACCAAUUGUGUAUUCAACGAGCUGAUGGUUGCGGAGAAUCGCUUGCAGCUGGUGCUUGAGACCAUCCAGUCCGAUCCCAGCAGGCACAAGCUCGAGCCCUUGGGACAAUGCCCAGGCUGCAGAGCACUUUUCCCAUCUUGCUUGGGUGUGCUAGCAGCCUGGGAGCACAUCAAGACACAGAAGGAAUCGCACACCCUACUUUGCGAGAAAGCUCUGGCUGCUCUCGAGGAGGACGAAGUAGAAAGUGCUGAGGAAAUAGCUGUUUUAAACACACUUGGCUUUAAAGUUAUUGAAGAAGCAGACACUUCAAAUGAGAGUGACGCGGCAAAGGACGUGUCUUCCGCUUCCUCUUCGGCUCCAAAGAAGAGUUCGAAGAGUCAGAAGAGUGAUGCUCAGCGUCCUGCAGCAUCCGACUGUCUGUUUGCUAUCCGGUCGCAUCGGGCUGAGGGCGGACCCGACGAAGUAGACAAGGAAAGGCAUCCUCGUCGAGGCGAAGGAGGAGAAGGGAUUCCCGCAAGCGAAGGAAAUCGAGAUCACGCAGACGUCGCAGCAGUGAUAGAUUCAGAUGUCGUUCUUACAGUUCUCAUCGCGGACACUACCGACGAUCCAAUCGACGAUCGCGAAGUGGGAGGUGCAAAAGCAGAAGCCGACGGCGCCGUUAGGCUGAUUGUAGUAGGAUCACAAUCAUGGUGCUUGUCGCUUCUAACAAACUGGCAGUUGUGCAGUUGUUGGACGUUUUGGUUGGUGCUUGCUUGCUACUUGGUCAAGGACCUCCGAAAGAGGUCUGCUCAAGCAGGCAAGGGCGAUUUUGUUCCAUGGCCUCGCAAGCCUAUGCCCUCGGAACGACGUUCAUCACGGCUCCUUUGUUUCUUUCUUUUCGUAUGUUUCACUGCGGACGGCCCUUCCUGA